GAGCCGGGGAGGGAACGGAGCGCCAUUCAAUCUUCAUACCACACACUACACACACCACAGCACAGCACACUACACAUACCACCGCACACUACAGCACACUACAGCACAGGAGCAGAAGCGGCGCCUCCGCCACGCACAUCAGCACCAUGAGGCGUGAACGGGCGCGUGCACAGAGCGUCACAUGCACGCUUAGUGGAUAACAAGCACGCCGCGUUCAACACGCGUGUUUUUUUUCUCCCCUUUUUAAUUAAUUAUUUUUCUGUUUUUUUUUUUUUUUUUUUUUUACAUUUUUGUUCAGACUCUGGCUUGCAUUAUAAUACGUGUUUGAAGAUUUUUUUUCUUGUGGACGCGCGUGAUUUCUCUUCACUGACAAUCAAACUCUGGACAGCGACCGCAAUACUUUUUUUUUCUUGGACUUGUUAUCGCACUAAAUAGACGUUAAAAAAACAUGAACCGCGCGUGGGUUUUGCUCGUGCUGUCGGUCGGCAUCUCGCUCGCGCGCACGUGCGACGCCUGGAAGGUUCGCGCAGGUGGCCGCGAGCGGAGAGACGCAGCCGCCGCCUCCGUGCACGCCGCCUUCGAGCAGCUGCGGGCAAGAAGCUUGAACGGAGUUCCUUUAGAUCCGGGACGCAUCAUGUCCCAUGCACUCGACUCGCAGGAAAGUCCCCGAUCAGACACCGAGACCAAGACCGGCCCGGCGGAUCAUGCACCGCUGCAGGAGGGGGACACGGGAGAAGCCCGAGAGAAAGCCGGUAGAAUCCCGAGGCAAACUGGCAGGAAGGUGGUUUCUGACAGAGCGAGGAGCAUCAGCAAAAUCAACACACCUGAGCGCGUGGACAGCAUUCCUGCUCAUCCAAAGCGCCUCACUGGGCCACAUGUGUGUGGGGGUCAGCAGUGCUGUUCAGGAUGGGCUGUUGCACCUGGAACAAACCGCUGCAUCAAACCGGACUGCCAGCCCCCAUGUCAAAACCGUGGCUCGUGCAGUCGCCCACAUACCUGCGUGUGCCGCUCGGGUUACCAGGGACCACGCUGUGAAGAGGUGGCACCAGAGCAAGUUUACAUCCAAACUGGCACAUCCAGAGUUCUAAUGCCCAUCCAGCCUGAAACAGAAACCACUAAGCAUCAGUCUGCCCGCAGGAGACCCACUGAGAGACAAGCAAGUGAAAGCAAUCCCAAAACCCAAACACCAAAGCCGCCAACUGGCAAAGUGGCCCAUUCAUCUGGAACCCAGGUUAGACGUGGUUCUCCUGAGGUUCCACAGCAGCAGACUGGUGCAGGACAGUCUCAUGCCUCCAGGACUGUCAAGCGUUAUCCUUCAUCUACAGCACCCAUAACCUCGAACGCUCUGCCCAGUGUGAACGGACACAACCAUGUAUACACACACAAUCAAAAUGUCGCCUACUCUAAUGGCCAGCAACAUGCCUCCAACAAUAAAGUAACUCCAACAGGAGCAAACCUCACAGCUAACGUGGACCGAAUCAAGAUCGUCUUUACACCCAUGGUGUGUAGGAGGAUCUGCCACGGGGGGCAAUGUUACAAUAGUUGCGAGCGUGGAGAUCAGACCACGGUGUACAGCGAAAACCAGGGCCCGCCGACCAAAACCCACGGCUUCAGACUCUUUUUCUGUCAGAUUCCGUGCUUUAAUGGAGGACGGUGUAUCGGGCAAAACGAAUGCUGGUGCCCAUCAAAUUCCACAGGAAAGUUCUGUCACCUUCCAAUUCCAACCCCCAAUAAACCCUCCACCGGCCGACAAACGAAUAACAAAGGAGUACAGAGUCCCUCAUCUCACUCAGUCUACACCUUGCCCCUGUCCAACCAGCAAGCCUCCCUUUUACCCUCGUUGGUAAAUGUGCAUGUCCAGCACCCACCAGAGGCUCAGGUUCAGAUCCAUCAGGUUGCACGGGUCAAACCGGGCCAAACCACUGAAACAGGGCACUCGGUACAACAGCGCUCUCAGCCUGGCAAUAAUCAUAUCAAUGGCAAUGUCAAUGGACAAAACAGUGUGCACAGCACUGGUCAGAACCAUGGCCAGAACCACCACAGGCCACAUAUCAGGCCAAAUGGACAUGUGGGAAGGUGUUUCCAGGAAACAGUUGAUGGAAAGUGUGGGAAGCCUCUGCCAGGUCUUACCAAGCAGGAAGACUGCUGCGGCAGUGUGGGAGCGUCAUGGGGUCUGCACAAAUGCACCGAGUGCCCUAGCAAACCAGCUUACGCCGUGAUUGCAAAUGGCCUCGUGGAAUGUCCCAAAGGCUAUAAAAGACUAAAUUCAACUCAUUGUCAAGAUAUCAACGAGUGUCUGAUUCCUGGGUUGUGUAAACACGCUGAGUGUCUAAACACUAAGGGCAGCUACAGGUGCACAUGUAAGCCUGGAUACAUGCUGGACGCUUCACGCAGUCAAUGUGUCUCGGAUAAAGCAGUGUCUAUGGAGCAAGCCUCGUGCUACCGAUCCAUUUUACCAGGUUCAUGCAGCCAUCCGUUAGCCCAGAAAAUCACCAAGCAAAUCUGCUGUUGCAGCCGAGUGGGAAAGGCCUGGGGAUCAGGCUGUGAGAGGUGCCCCUUACCUGACACAGAUCACUUUAAAGAGAUCUGUCCAGCAGGCCAUGGUUACACAUACUCUCGCUCAGACGUCCAGAUCACACUUCGCGAGCUGGAAGAAGAGGAGCUCACAGAAAUCGACUCUAUCCUUUCUCAGAACCCCAUAUACCCUGAGCCACCUCAGACUCUGCCGGAGACACCUCAUCAACAACCGCUACCACCUGUUUACCCCGAGAGCCCGUCUCCACCAGUCACCUUCCUGAGGGUGGCAAAUUCGCCAACUAUACCUUCUUCAUACCCAGAUAUAAUGGAGGUCACCUCUAAUUCUCCCACCUAUCUAAUGCCAGACUUGGAGAAUCGUGACACGGCACCAAUUAACGUUGCAACUCAGGUCACAGACAUUGACAAGUGUUCGCUGACUCCGACAAUCUGUGGUCCAGGCCAGUGUGUGUCAGUGCAGACCGGCUACACUUGCUACUGUGACCCAGGCUACACCCUCAAUGCUCUGCAGACCACCUGCAUCGAUGUAAACGAAUGUGAGAAUGAUCCAUGUGGAGGAAAGGGUCACUGUGUGAACACUUUUGGCUCCUAUACCUGCCAGUGCUUCCCGGGCUACAGCCUGCUCAUGACACAAAACAGAAAAUCAUGUCACGACAUAAACGAGUGUGCCAUGCCCAACAAAUGUCCCAGUGGCCACUGUAUCAACACCGAGGGAUCCUUUACGUGUGAAUGCAGAAGUGGCUUUACCAAAAACCAGAGAGGAGAGUGUGAAGAUGUGGAUGAGUGCAGGAGCCCCGGAGUCUGUCCCAGUGGUAAAUGUGUGAACACACGCGGCUCGUUCAAGUGCCAAGCAUGUGGCCCUGGAUUCAGGCCUGACGCUGGGAGAUGUCUGGACAUAAAUGAGUGUCAGAUGGCAGCUGUGUGCACUAAUGGUCAGUGUUUGAACACAGAGGGCUCCUUCACUUGUUCAUGUAACCAUGGAUACGAAGCAACUUCUGACAGUAAAGGCUGCCAAGAUGUGGACGAGUGUCUGCUACCGGACGUCUGCGCUCAAGGCACAUGUGUUAAUGUUCCGGGCUCACACAGGUGCAGCUGUAACACAGGUUACCAAAGCAGUCCUGAUGGAAAAGCUUGUGUGGAUGUUGACGAAUGUGCUGAGCCAAGCCUUUGUAUGCGAGGUGUGUGUGUUAACACGUAUGGUUCCUUCACCUGUACCCAGUGUGAGGUUGGAUACACUCUCUCUGAUGACAGACAGAGGUGUGAGGAUAUAGAUGAGUGCCACUCGUUGUCUGCGUGCCCAAAUGGAGUCUGUCUGAACUCAGAGGGCUCGUACUCCUGCAUAAAUUGCCCCACUGGUUUCACAGUUUCACCAGAUGGAGAGCUGUGUACAGAUAUUGAUGAAUGUCAGGCUCCUGACAUUUGUCCAAUGGCUGCUUGUACAAACUCUGAAGGCUCAUAUUCCUGCAUGACCUGUGAAUCUGGCUACAAGGUCUCCUCAGACCGGCACACGUGUGAAGAUAUCGAUGAAUGUGAGGACAAGGCAGCAUGUCUGAAUGGAAAGUGUACAAACACAGCCGGCUCCUACCACUGUGGCUGCACUCCAGGGUUUCAGCUAUUAAACUCUGUCUGCAAAGAUAUUGAUGAGUGUGAGGAUGAGAUGAUCUGCAGCAAGCAUGGUUACUGUGAGAAUACGAACGGCUCCUAUUAUUGUCAUUGUGACCAAGGAUAUGACAAUACACCUGAUGGUCAAGGCUGUGUUGAUGCAGAUGAAUGUAAAUUAAGUUCUGAGUUAUGUGGGGAGGCACAUUGUGAGAACGUAGAGGGAAGCUUCCUGUGCCUUUGCCCCACUGAUGAUGAGGAAUUUGACCCCAUUACUGUGCAGUGCAAACCUCAAUCUACAGGACAAGACCUUCCUGUUCCUCCCCAUGGAGCCUCUGAUGACGAACAGAGAGAUUGCUACUACAACCUUAACGAUGUCAACUUCUGUCAAAAUGUGCUCUCCGGUAACGUCACAAAGCAGGAAUGCUGCUGCACUGUGGGAGCAGGAUGGGGAGACAACUGCAACAUCCACCCAUGCCCACAGGAUGGACAAGCGGAAUAUAUUGAGCUGUGUCCUCAUGGCAGUGGCAUUCUCCCCAUUAUGACCUCAGUUCAAGGCAUCAGUCAUCUCCUGAGUAGAGAUGCAGAUGAGUGUGAGCUGUACGGCACAGAAAUUUGCAAAAAUGGUUACUGUGCAAAUGUCUACGCCUCAUAUAACUGCUACUGUCACAGUGGCUAUUACUAUGACAAUGUCCGAAUGGAAUGUGUUGAUGAUGAUGAAUGUAAGGAGGAAAACCAGUGUGAACACGGAGAGUGUGUGAACACACCCGGCUCUUUUAACUGCUUCUGCAAUCCCCCACUGAUUCUGGAUGAAACACAGCGUCGCUGCAUUUCUGCCAACAGCACAGAGGGUCCUUUCCUUGAUGAGGAUUAUAUUCACACAGAUGUCUGCUCGGAACUUAAACCUGAUACCACAUGUAUUAAUCCCAUGUUUGGUACUUUGACUACCUACACUGAGUGUUGUUGUCUCUACGGUGUUGCCUGGGGGUCACAGUGUGCUUUCUGCCCUGAAAAAUCAUCCGAGGAUUUUGCUAUAUUGUGUAACCUGCAAAACAGAGGCUCAGACAGCCUACGGGAGCAUCCAGGCUUUGAAUAUGGACCUGACACCCCUCCUGAGGGGCAUAAUGGUCCACCAUACUGGGGUAACUAUGGCGUUUUGGGAGGUGGCACUUUCUAUGGACCUGAAGGCACUUUGAGCGGUUCCAUCUUUACUGAUCGCUCAAAUGACUAUGGCUCUAGAGAGGGAGGACGAGUACCUGUGCUCAGGCCCAGAGAGCACCAGCCAACUCACCGAGUUAACCCGUACAGAGAUCAUAGUGCAGGAUUUGAGGGUUUGCAAGCAGAAGAAUGCGGCAUCUUAAACGGCUGUGAAAAUGGCCGAUGUGUCCGUGUGCGAGAGGGCUACACUUGUGAUUGCUUUGAUGGCUAUGAACUAAACCUAGGCAAGAUGGCAUGUAUUGAUAUAAACGAAUGUGAGGAUAUAAGUGACAAAGUGGAGCUGUGUAAGAAUGGAGUGUGUACCAACACAGAGGGCUCAUACAAAUGCACCUGCUUGCCAGGCUUUCUGGCUUCUUCUAAGCCCCAUGAGUGUAUCCCAGAAGACCAAGGCUCUGUCUCCCACACUGUGGGAAAUUGAUGCACUCAUCUCUCUCUCUCUCUCUCUCUCUCUCUCUCUCUCUCUCUCUCUCUCUCUUUCUUUUCUCUACAUAAUUUUUCUAAAGGACUGACACUAAACCUGCAUCAGUGAAGCCGGGCCAGCUGAGCACCAAACAUGAACACACACAGUUACAAUCAAAGUUCACUCUGUCUUCUACAUAAAGGGUGGUUUUAAAAAUAAGUUUAAAAGAUCCUGUGGUGUUUCUCAGUUUUUGAUUGGCUCCCAUGCUUUCUGAUUUGCACAGAAUUAGAGGUCAUUCCAGCUCGGGCUUGUGGUGUCAAGGCUUCAUUGAGAAGGUUUGGGAUUUUUGUACAGAUCUAGUACUAUGUAUUUAAAUUGGUUUGUUAUAUAUUCUAAUAAACUCAUUCAGUACACUCAA